CCGCCGCCGGCUAGGCUCCCGACGAUGGAGGACUCCCGGGAGACGUCGCCGUCCUCCACCAACUCCUCCGAGGAGCUCAGCUCUGCCCUGCAGCUGUCCAAGGGCAUGUCCAUCUUCCUCGACAUACUGAGGAGAGCAGAUAAAAAUGAUGAUGGAAAAUUGUCCUUUGAAGAAUUCAAAGCAUAUUUUGCUGAUGGUGUUCUGAGUGGAGAAGAAUUACAUGAGCUCUUCCAUACCAUUGAUACACAUAAUACCAACAAUCUUGACACAGAAGAACUAUGUGAAUAUUUUUCUCAGCACUUGGGCGAAUAUGAGAAUGUACUAGCAGCACUGGAAGACCUAAAUCUUUCCAUCCUGAAGGCAAUGGGCAAAACAAAAAAAGGAGACAAGUGUGUGGACAAGCCGUUGCUGGGCAGCCCAACAGAGGGCAGCACAGGAGGGAACACGUGGUCCGUGGCGGAGGCGAUGACAGCUGAGCAAUUGCGGAUGAAAUUAGAGCUAGGGAAGGGAGAAACCCACACAUGGAACAGCACAUACAAAGUCGUUGUGCUGGAAGCGGCCUGGGGCAGGCACAGGGCGUGCAAGGAAAUCAGGAUUGUCAGGAAGGUUAAAGUCUCGGACUCUCAAGAGUGGCAUGAUGUGAGAUGA